AUGAGCCAGGUCAUCCAGGGACACAAGCCCUCACGCACUGCACCGCACCACCCGCCCAAGGAGGACGAAGUCGCUGCCCUCGUUAUUGACAACGGUUCCGGCAUGUGCAAGGCCGGUUUCGCCGGUGACGAUGCUCCCCGCGCCGUCUUCCCUUCCAUUGUCGGUCGCCCCCGUCACCAGGGCGUUAUGGUCGGCAUGGGCCAGAAGGACUCUUACGUUGGCGACGAGGCCCAGUCGAAGCGUGGUAUUCUCACGCUCAAGUACCCCAUUGAGCACGGUAUCGUGACCAACUGGGACGACAUGGAGAAGAUCUGGCACCACACCUUCUACAACGAGCUCCGUGUCGCCCCCGAGGAGCACCCCGUGCUUCUUACUGAGGCUCCCCUCAACCCCAAGCAGAACCGUGAGAAGAUGACCCAGAUUAUGUUUGAGACCUUCAACGCCCCCGCGUUCUACGUCUCGAUCCAGGCCGUCCUCUCCCUCUACGCUUCGGGCCGUACCACCGGUAUCGUGCUUGACUCGGGUGACGGUGUUACCCACACUGUCCCCAUCUACGAGGGUUUCUCGCUCCCCCACGCCAUCCUCCGUCUUGACCUUGCCGGCCGUGACCUCACCGACUACCUCAUCAAGAUCCUUAUGGAGCGCGGCUACCCCUUCACUACCUCGGCCGAGCGUGAAAUUGUCCGUGACAUCAAGGAAAAGCUCUGCUACGUCGCCCUUGACUUUGAGCAGGAGCUCCAGACCGCCGCCCAGUCGUCGCAGCUCGAGAAGUCGUACGAGCUUCCGGACGGCCAGGUCAUCACCAUCGGCAACGAGCGCUUCCGCUGCCCUGAGGCCCUCUUCCAGCCCUCGUUCCUCGGCCUCGAGUCGGCUGGUAUCCACGAGACCACUUACAACUCGAUCAUGAAGUGUGACCUGGACAUCCGUAAGGACCUCUACGGCAACAUUGUCAUGUCGGGCGGCACCACCAUGUACAACGGUAUCGCCGACCGUAUGCAGAAGGAGAUCACCGCCCUCGCCCCCUCGUCGAUGAAGGUCAAGAUUGUUUCGCCUCCGGAGCGCAAGUACAGUGUCUGGAUUGGUGGAUCUAUUCUUGCUUCGCUCUCGACUUUCCAGCAGAUGUGGAUCUCGAAGAGCGAGUACGACGAGGCCGGCCCCUCGAUCGUCCACCGCAAGUGCUUCUAA